AUGUCAACAACAGAACCCUCCACCUACACCCCCUCCAUCCCCACCGAACCCGUAACAAAAACCACACCCACCAUCCACGUCGAACUAACUCCACAUCCCCUCUCCACCACCUCAGCCACAGCCUUCGUGCGGUCCCCCUCCGCCGGCGCCACCGUGCUCUUCAUCGGCACCACGCGCAACACCUUCAACGAGCUCCCCGUCGCCUCCCUCGCCUACACAUCCUACACCCCGCUCGCACUCUCCACCCUAUUUAAAAUCGCAUCCACCAUUCUGGCCAAGCACCAGUGCACGAAGAUCACCAUCGUGCAUCGCUUGGGCGAAUGCCCGGUAGCAGAGGAAAGCGUGGUGAUUGCAGUUAGUGCGCCGCAUCGGCAGGCGGCGUGGAGAGCGGGUGAGGAGGCGCUCGAGGAGACGAAGAAGAGGGCGGAGAUUUGGAAGUUGGAAAGGUUUGAGGGAGGGGAGGGUGUGUGGAGGGCGAAUAGGGAUGGGGCGGUUGGGGUUAGGGUUGAUGAGGGGAAUUUGAGUCAGGAGGGGAAGUAG